AUGUUUAUCGUGUUUGUAGUGACCCUAGCUUUGACUGAAUAUCUGAUUGAAAUUCAGAUCAAUAACACGGACAGCAGCUUCACUGAUCAGCUGAGAAUCCUUCUGAUGUCUUUCAGUUUGCCCUACACAAUCAGUGACAGCACUAACAUUACAGAAAUCAACAUAACUACUGUGUGUUCUUUGAAUGAAACACAGUAUCAGUGUAAAUGUGAGGGUCUGUUUGUUUGGCCGAAUGACACGUGUCACUCAUACGAGGCCUGUGAUGUCAUCACUAAUGGUUCAUGUACAUGUAUCAAUGCCCUUCCAAUCGACGGACAGUUCUGCCAAAUUCUACCUUCUGAGUACGUGAUUGACAUUGAUGUGAGAUUCUUUGACUUGUUCCUGGUGGACUACUUACGAAAUCUCAUCAAAAACAUCAGCCUUCCUCUCACUCUGAGCAACAGCAUUAAUAUCACAGAUAUCGACCUGAAUACUGUGUGUGGGUUAAAUGGAACAGAAUAUGAGUGUAAGUGUGAGGAGAAUCAUGUUUGGCCCAGUGACACCUGCAGGGUCUAUCAGGUGUGUGAUAGCAUUGUGGGAGGCACCUGUGGAUGUAUUCGAGCUUUCCCUUCAGAGGGUUCACUUUGUCAGAGAGACAUCAAUGAAUGUAAAGAUGCAGUGUUAGUGUGUGGUCAAUACUCAGACUGUAUUAACAUCAUUGGGAGUCACAUGUGUUCAUGCUGGAGUGGAUUUAAUAUCUCUAAUAAAGACAGUCCUGUGAGCCGCAACAACUCAUGUCAGGAUGUGAAUGAAUGUCUUGAGACACCAGAGGUCUGUGGUCCAAACUCUCAUUGCACCAACUCAGUUGGGGGUUACAACUGUUCCUGCUUGAGUGGAUUUACUGUGACGAAUAGGAAUCAAUCAGUCAGCACCAGUAACCCAUGCAAUGGUGAGGGUGUAGCAGAUGUGGUAAACGUCAUAGUCAUCAUUUCUGGUCGUUUUGAUCUCUUUUUCCACAGUGACCCUAGCUUUGACUGA